UUGGAGCUACAGCAGCAUCAUAUGAGCAGGUUCACGCUGCUUUGUGUUUUAAUUUAAAGACAAAUAUAUACAUAUUAAGGCUUUUUUCCAUUAAAGUGAAGAUGCAGAGCUACGAUCAGACUUCGCUCAGCUCCAAAUCCGGACCGAUUACAGACAGCAGAGGGAACGAUGGAUCGUUACUAUCGGUACUUAAGACCCUGUUGUUUUUUACCAUCCUAAUGGUCACGCUUCCUAUUGGACUCUACUUUGCGUCAAAGUCAUAUUUGUUCGAAGGUUCUCUGGGUUACUCCAGCAGCGACAGCUACUUCUACGCCGCCAUCCUGGCCGUGGUGGCGGUGCACGUGGUCCUGGCGCUUUUCGUCUACGUAGCCUGGAACGAGGGCUCACGCCAGCGACGGGAUGACAAGCAGGACUGAAUGGGGGGGAGUAAAAAUAAGAUUAAGACAGGAAGAGGGAGAGAAAGAGUAUAGGUGAAGUGAGGUGGAGGAAUCUGAGAAUACGAUAUCAGAACGGAGGAGAGUUCUGAUACCGAGAGUGUGUACUGACGGUGUGUGUAAAUGUGCUGUGUGUCCUAAAUCAUCAAACGGAAGAUCACCAACGGGUGCAGAGUGACCUGGGAUACGGGGUGUGUGUGUGUGUGUGUGUGUGUGUUGAAUGAUGAUUUAAGAUAGAAGAGCGCCAAUAAAACGAUUUAAAAUAUUAUAAUAAGCAGCAAAAUUUCACAGCUUUUAGUUCUUAAUGGUGCAGAUAUUUACAAAAACAACAAAUUACCAAAAGAAUGAAGUUAAAACACUUAAUUGGACUUAUUCCACGUGUUAAAUCUGGUUAACCUUUUCGACCUGGACCCAAGCGUACUGGAGGAUGACUGGAAUCCGUCCCGUUGUUUAUGGUUAUGGUGGCAUAUUUGCUCUCAGCGUCUGGUGCAGGAUGCCAUCACACCUCACCUCUGCGCAGUCAGAAACACACAACAACACAUUAAAUACAGUACCGAUUUUGGUACCACACGAUACGUGAAUCCACAGACUAACAGACGGCGCAGAGAACGAGGCGUCCAACACCAUACAGUAAUGAUGUGGUACUGUUUCCUCCGCCGAGUGUUCUAUCAUUGUUAUACCAGUUUGUAAUGUGUUUGAUUCAACAAAUAAAUUAAUAAAAAUCUACCCAAUUUGAAGAAAAA